AUGGUUUCCCCAGUUUUGGCGUUCGUGGCCCUUCUCGCAUUGUCCUCCAGUGCGUCAGUAGUCCAGGAAUAUGUAAGCCCCCUCUAAACUGCUUGGUGCCCAAAAUUUUUGACGGGUCAAUAGCGUUGCAGUCAGUUGGGGUUUCAGUGAACUUCCUUAGACUAAAAAUAUCGUUUCUAGUGUCUCUGACGAUUUACAAUGUUUACUUGAAGCUUUUGAAUUUCGAUCGAAUUCACGUAAGGUAGCUUUAGAGGAAUUCUUGCAUUCUGUGAUCUUCCGUUUUUUCCGUUCGAGAAGUGUGUUGUUCUUUAUAAGAUUACAAAUGCGCUAUUUACGUUCCACACCUCUAGAAACGAAAAUUGAACGAAGACGAACAGAUGUGUAAGUUCAAAUUAAUGCCCACUCUACUUUGAAUAAAAUGAUCUAAGACGCCCCGAACACUAAAACAAUUUUAGCCGUAAAUACAAAUCUAGGAUGAAGCCCACUUAAUGUUUUGUGUCGAAAGGGAACUUCUUUUGGUGGCCAUGUGUUUGUCAUGGGCACCAGGUAGUAGUUUCCUGGAAACGGAUAUUGUGGAAAAUUUUUUCGACAUUACUAAGGAGUAUACUUGUGCUCCUGGAGUUCUGCAAAAGGCACAGCUUCUUUUUAUUUAGCUUGGAAUCUUCAAAAUUUUUUUAUUGCAACAGAAAGGGAUGCUGAUUUUUAGACUGUGACCGAUGUGUCAACCAUGUGCAAACGGUCGCUGGUUUAAUGGACUCACCCAUGUUUGAACCCUCGAUCAGAAGGGGACUCGGCAUACUUUGUAAAGGGUCUAAAAACAUUAACGUGAGUAAGCCCCCGUUCUAUGUAUGUGUUUGCUCAUAUAAAUUCCCCCUACGCCACAUUAUUAACGAUUAUCUUUACUUACUUCGUUCCAGUGCACGGAGAUGCUGUUGAAUCAUCUGCAAAUGUUUACCAACAACGCCCGUAUUCAAGCUCAUGCAGUAGAAGUUUGUCAAGUAAGUAAACUAGGUACUGGUUGCUUUCCCAGGCAGUAUACCCUUACAGUUAUUUACUCUAGGGUUAAACGUACUGUGCAUUUUUUUAUUGAUGGAUUUAUGGUGCGAUUUUGGACUUUGUGAUUACGAAUGCAUACGCAUUAUAUGAUUUGGUGUAAAGCGCUCUGCUGUAGAUUUUAUUUAUCUACUUAAGCUCCUAACAUAUGCGCCUUUGAUCACUUGCCGGUAAUCCCGACAGACGUUUGUACAAGCUGAGAUUUUCCAUGGACCCCUUAAAUUAUGGCAUUUUGAUAGUUCGUUGUUAAUAGUUUCAAGGCUCUUUAGUUUCAUCGAAUAAGAUGUGUCUCCAUACGCUUCCCUCUUUGUCUAGUUUACUAGAAUCUGAUGCUGUAAACAUUUAGCUGUAAAACGUCGUUAUUUUUGUCCUAGAUAAUUGGAAGUUGUCCCAAAAUGCCAGUCCUGCGGAACGAUGGAGAAGGAUUUGGUAAGUGAUUUUAUUAUCUGUGUACUGAAGACGCUUAAGUGAAGGCAGUUUCUGCCGUGUAUGUUGGCUAUUAGCUGUGCAAUUGAGUGUUUGCAAUUCUUCGUGAAACGACUACAGAAGCCCGAAUUAUUUCGCGACUGCUAUUAAUCGAAACUUCUGCUAAGAAAUGCCAUAAACGUCCCAACUACGAAAGCAUUUGUCCGUUUGCUGAUGCCUAUCUGAAGAUAACUGACAUUUAAUUGGACGGUUUAGAAGUUCGGCGAAACAGGCGCUCGAAUUUUAACAAUAAUGAGAACCCGCCAUAUUUCUCGACAAAAGGAACGGAAUUUCCUGGAGUGUGUGGCCCAGUUUUAGGGACGUUGUCAAUUAGACUAAUAUGGUUACAGAAUUAUCGGAAAAUUAAGUAUGUGUAUGGUAACCAAGUGGACAAAGUUCACACUCUUUGACAUUUCGAAAAGUUAGACUUAUUUUUUUUACUCUACCUCUAGUUGGAAAUUUAGAAUUAAGUGCUACGCCGACAUAGGUUGGUCUUUAAACAUUUUGGCUAUCGUUUGGAGUAAGUUCUAACUGCAACCAUAUCCAUGAGUCCCAUUAUACCACUUGGACACCGGUGUGGCUUACAGCGCACUUCACAACUACAAGGAAGGGUUGUGGAAUGUGCUGAUGGCAGAGGGUACGAGCGACGAAUGACGAGCCAGAACAGGAAGAUAUGUCAACGGUAGGCAGGGAGGGGACACCGGCCAUCUUCGCUGACACGCCAUCACGCCAUUCCCGUCCGGGAUUUGCGCUAACAGCGACCUCAGUCCAUUCAAACAACUCUGUCCAUUUCGCUGGACGUUACAACUUUAGCGUUCAAACUCGACGCCACAGAAUAAAUGCUACUGUGACUUUUGAGAAAUACGAAGGGUAAAACGUUAUCUGUGGGCCAUUUAAAGUUUAGAAAGUGCAUUCGUGGGGUCCAUUGAGCACGGUGUAGUUAAGCCUUCAGAGGUGACUAGUAAGUUUACGGUUUGGCUCAUAUAUUCGUUCACGAAAAUGCAAGACCGAGAAAUGUAUCUUCGAUUGUAAGGACUCUCGUGGAUACACAUUUCGCAACAUCCACAUUUAGUAUUGCAUUUAUUUCUUCGGAGAGAGAAGAUUUCCCCAUCACUUAUUUGUACGUCGAAGUGAUGCGCACUGGUUUUUACACUGGUGGGAAGCGUAACCUGCACAUAAUUCAGUCUUAGGUGGCUUUACGGCAUAGAAGAGGAACAGUAAAGUGACAUCCGUUUCAUCGGAAAUUUGUAUACUUUAAGCGCUCCUAUAGGCUCGGUUAAAAAUUCAAGAAACCGCAUAAUGUAGGAAUUUGACUACUUCACCGACAAUUCAGUAUUUAUAAAAGCAGGUUUGGAGUCUGAGCGCGAAAGCAUUAUUAAACACCAUACAACGUGAGGAAAAUUUCUUUCUGGUUGGAGGUAGGAAGGUGUGAAGACAACAAGUAGAUACUGAAAGCGAAAUAACGACAUAUUAGCCAGGUGUCAGUACUCCACAGCACCAAAUGCAAGAUUGAAGAGGAGUAUUUCUAAAGUAUAUUUAGCAACACCCAGGCAUUCGUUUUCCGACCCGUUUGCAUGUGACCUAAAAUGGGCUGUUACACCUUCACAGUAACUACUCAAGAUAUAGAGAUUUUGCCCUGAUAUUUGGCAAUAAUCAAAGGAUGAAAAGGUCUGCACUGCAGACACGAUGAAUCAAGAACAGGCGCCAGUUACUGCUUAGGCCAUAUGACGGCACUGUACUGCAGCUCAGAAAACGUGUCCCCAAAAUACAUAAACUCAUUUCGCACCUGAUUGUUGCAGAAUGCAUAUGUGCACUAUAAUUAACAGUCCUUUCAACCAGAGACAGGCCAUUAUUUCAUUACUUACCUUCGGGACAUUAUCAUUCCAUUCACUUAAAUAUAGUGAAUUUGGACUAACUUACUUCCUCGUUUACAUAGUAUGCCACCUGUGUGAGAAGACGAUCGAACUGCUGGUAACUGAGAUGAUCAACAGAGUCUCCGAAGGAAAUGUGAAAAUCGUCGCUUCCCGACUAUGUUUUAUCCUCCCCGAGGGGGCAAACCACCUGAGGAAGGACGUAAGUUGUUUAAAACACUCCAGAUUUAGCAGGUUUGACCGGUAAGCUGUUUUCUGUCUUCCGUUCUCUCGAGAUCUUAGCUGUUCAAUGUUCUAAACCAUAUAACAAAAACAGAUGUGAUCUGAGUUCAUAGAUAUUAGGUCCACGUCCGAUGAGGUUUCAAACUGGAGUAGGGGUAAUACUACCACAUCCUGCUAUCGAUAAAAGACGAAUAUGUGGGCUUAGAAGUUGAAUCUUUGUGAAAUCUUCCAUUCACUUGCAGAAGUCACGAGUCCAGAGCUGACUGGUAAGAUGUUUCCUAAUCCAUGGCGUACUAAUCGAGAUCAUCAAGCUGGCUUUUUAAAUGGUAAAGCGUACGUACAAUAUAUAAUGUGCGCAAAAUAUAUGUACAUGCGAUUUCGAUAGUGAUUAAAAUAGGACAGAGUCCGGUACUUAUUUCGAUAUGAUAGCAUACUGAGACUUUUGAUUUGGCGUAUUUCAAGCUGUUUAUUUAAACAAACCCUUUCAACAGUGUGUCUCUAUCUACAGCUGGUUUAUGCUUUCAUUAACUCAAUUGAAUUGGCAGAAUUAAGUCCACAUUCAGAACAUGUCCUAUACAAAUUUCGCAUGAAAUCUUAUCCACCCACAGUGAACUGUUAAAUAAAAUUAUGAACGACCACCUUAGUUAGAAAAGGUGACUUAGUUGAAAUUGUAAUAGUUAGUAUUCUGAUGUAUGAUCCCAAAAUUUUCCGGUCACGCCAAGAUAUGCAGGGUACAAAUUGCAUACUUUUCCCCUAAGUAAAAUGAAACAUUUUUCUACAUAAUUAAGAAAAUACCAAAAAGUGUUCAUAAGAUUUUGCAAUGGAUAUAACUCAUGUUGCAUCUAUCAUAUUCAACAUUAAUUAAUUGACAGUUGUUAUGCUAAUUGGAUAGGCAUUUAGCGAUUCAAAAAGUCCCAAAAUUACAAAAUUUAAAGGCCGAAUGCCACCAUAGUUUACUGCAAAAUGAAUACGAGGGGAUUUUUUGCACCUGCUUUCUACAAGGCAUUUUUAAACUUCUAAGCGGACGUACAAUUAACUAAUGUAAAAUCAACUACGUACGCGACCGCUUUUGAGCAAACGCAAGCGGCGUUUUCAUGACACGCGCAGACUUGUGUUUUAUGCGAGGUCAGACCUUGUGCCCAUGCCCAAUUUCAGUCAUACUGACCUAGACCUUCCAUCAGAACAUGAUGAAUACAGAGUGAGUUUGAGGUUGCCCAGGCAUUCCUCUCAAGACCCCCUCCCUAGUUAAAAUUGCCAUCCUCAAGGCUGCGGUAGCCCUCAUCACGCACGACGCUCGAAAUAUCAAAUAAAAUGUAGGAAACAUUUGUGACGGAAAUCGCAUUAUACAUCUUUGUUGUUAAUUGAUUAUUUAUGUCUGCCUUCGUAGCAUGAUUAUUCGAUUUACAUUAUUGAUGUUAUGGCGACGGAGCAGAAUCAUCAUCUGGAGAACCACUUCUGCCCACUUGGGAAACUCCUUAGUGGUUUUCCGCUCUGUCAUAAGCAGGAAAACGGCUCACCAGAGCCUGCUUAAUUUGUCCAUUCCAGCAGUAACUUUUGGUCUCACAGUUUUAUUACCGAUAUUUAUGUGGGGAGGUGGAAUCUAAUAUGGUUUGUCAUGCUCCAUUUUGUUAUAUCUCUAUCAAAGUUGGCUCACUUGCGUUACGAACACUAACCUUGAUCAUCUUUUCCCUCAAGUGUGCGGAUCUGCUUUACGAGAACUAUGAAAGCAUAUUUGAAUUCCUGCAGUCACAGGACACUCCAAAAACACUUUGCACGGUAGGUUUGUAUUUGCCUCUACCCUCCAAUUCAUGAGCUUGUUGAUUUAAGUAAAACGCCCCCACUUUACACAACGAAGGAGGUUUUGAGCAGUCACAUUGAAAAUGCUUCCCGAAGAUUCUCCAUUUCUGCCUAAGCAAAACUACGUGGAAUAGUGGUUGGUAACAAUCGGGAGAUGGCACCCAAAAAAAUCCGUUUCCUAUAAAUAAUACCUUUAACAGUGGACUCAAACGCCUUCAGGCUAUAUCAGCGGUUGCAGGCCUACUCUCACGCACUACUUGGACUUUCCGCAAAGGCCUAACAUGGGCUGGCUGAACGAACAUCGCAGGAGGUUACAUGGAGGAUGGUUGCUGUUACCCAGCCUUCCCCAUCGUUACACACGCACACCUGAAUAUACGGCAUACAUUCGCAUUAUGGCAGUUUAUUACAAAACAAAAUCAAUUUUAAAUAGGAUACGUCUGCACAACAUGGGACAGGAACAGUUCCCAGGCAUCUGGCAAAGAUAUGGCAUUGAGGUCAAACCAAAGACGAUACUGUACUUCGUCUAUGUGAGCCCACACAGCUUGACAACAUACAGGGUUUCCCUCGUGGAGUUUCCUUUUCAGUCUACUCCAGUAUGCCUCAAUGGCAUUGGUGUGCCGUCCGGUUGUAGGGUCCUUGAAGUUCUUUGAGUGGUUAACAGAGAAAUGUAGAUAACCUUCUGAGGGAAGACAAUUAUACACCUUCCACUCUUCCGUUACCAUUAUACUGCCUUUGGUGACCCAUUUUGUAAUAACGGAACGGAGAGCGGGCCAACUUCGAUCAUUCACCUGUUCAAAUAAGGCUUUCCGUCGGCUAGUAUCGUACAUCCCGACCAGUUAGCACCCAUGAAACCUUUAUUACUACCUGUCCCGUAAGACAGGCUGCUUUGGUUAGGCGGAUUUUUUUGGGUGCCAUUUCCCGAUUGUUACCUAGUGGUUUUUAAAUUCUACUUCCUUCGCCCGACCCUUUACUCGCAGUCUUGGCGACUAACGUCACCUUUGUUGACACAUGCAACAUGUGCAUCCUGCUUCCGCUUUGUCAAAAUGGGCACUUGCUGACUUUGAGUCUCAGUUCAGCCCUUUGUAAGCUAGUCUUUACCAUCUGGAGCUGUAGAAGGAUCGCCUUCCAUCUCUGGAAACAAGUGGUCUAGCGUUUAACGCCGUCUGACUGGCAAUGCGAUGAUUCGCUCGCCAACAGUAUUCGGUCAAAGGUUACUUAUUGAAUAAUUAGUAGGAGUGUUAUUCUGAUUCUGAUGACUGGUGCUUUAGCAUCUAGCAGGCCUAAACUAUAAUAGUCGCUGAGUGACACUGAAUGGGCACUUCCCAGUUGCGUUUUAUCUUGCGUGGUGACGGUUCACUUCAAAGGAUAAGUGAUGUUAGCGCAGAACUAAAGAAUCCGAAGCACCUAGACACAUGCGGUGAGCUCUGAUGACUAGGAAUACUGCGGACCAACGCGCCUAAGAACCCAAACUCUACAUUGACUUCAGUUAUAUAUGGCAUUGAGUAACGGGCUGCAGACGUUUGUCCAUCUGAUUACCCGAAAAACGGUAUUCUGACCGGACUGUCAUCAUCCUCAAAUUUGUUAAGCGGUCUUCCACUUAGAAAAUAAGACAGCACUGUGAUAUGCUCGACUUAUGCUUUCACAAAGUUCAUUUUUUCCUUUCGCCGUUAUUAUAUCUGCUUGCUGUAUCAUGUCAAACGUUUCCUUUAUAUUUAUUUACGGUAAUUCCACUUUCCAAACUGAAGGAAAUGUCUAAAAAACAGCGAACGACUAACUUUAAUUUUCAACUUAUUAAAGUAGGGAAUAAACAUGUGAUGAAGUGUCCUUCCGGGUACUCAAACUAAAACCGUCUGUCUAGGGUCUUCAAAGGCAUUGCCUUCUACUCUUAAAUAUACUGAACUAAAUAUACCGAAUCACUUCUACUGGAGCUCACUACUUCCACUCUUUCUCCCUACUAUAAGUUUAAUAUUCGAAAAUUUGCCAAUGACUUCCCCGUGCACAUAAUGUACCUUAAAAAACCAUUAGUUUAAUCCCAGAUUUUGUUAUAAAAACUGGUUACAGAAAGCGAAAAUAAUCAAAGUUGAUGGAGAAAUAGCAAUAGACCAUUUGCCUUUACCGUUUAAUAACUUGACGCGAGCUUCUUAUGAGCAUAAGCUAUAAAUGAUUUGCCAUGUAGCACUGGCACCCACAGACUUCGGGAUAUUGUGAACCAAAUGCCUGAGAGACUGAGCGCCAACGUUUGUCAUCCUGAUUUCAGGGAAAACGGAAUUCUUGUCAGAAUGUCCUCAAAUUCGCAAAGCAGUUUACUUUCCUAACUAAUAAAAUUUAAGAGGUUCAGCCCUAAAGGUUACUUAAUAAGAAAAAGUUACUCUGAAACGUGUAGAAACCUUUUACAGUAAGACAUUCCUGUAGGGCUAGAAGCGGUCGGUCUCCUACAACGGAUGUCUCUCCAAAUCCUUGAAGGAUGCUUCGUGCCAAGACUCGCACAAAGCUAUGCACUCAUCAAUCAUACUGAAAAUGUGCAAAAGGUUUAAUGUAUUUAAUGGACUAGAAAUUCUAAGUUUGUCUUGAGUACAUGGUAGCAUAGCUUAUUUCGAGUUGUCUCCAGUGAGAUACCUCAAGCGCAGCAUAUGGCGCCGAAAAGGCAUACUUCAGUGUUUCCAGUUUAUAAAACGGGCGACUUGGUAUAAAACUUAACAAAAACAACCUGCUGGGGCGUUUUUACAAGUUUUUUUGCUUAAACAAAUUAGACGGCAUUGUGAUUUAAUCGACUUAUGCUCUCACAAGGGUUAUUAUAUUUGCCUGCUGUAGCAUGCCUAACACUUCCUUUAUACAUAUCUGCCUUUGUGACUGUGAAAAGCAAUGAAUAAUUAGCGUCGAUUUUCAAAUUUUUAAAGUAGAAAAUACACCUGUGUUGAAAGGGCCCUCUCGAGUACUCAAACAACAAUUAUCUAUCCAGUUCUACCGGAACUCCUCAUUUUACUAUUUCUCCCCACUGUAAGUCUAAAAAACGUAUUUCCUCGAUGGUAGAAAGGACGCAGUGCUUAUGACUUUGAUUAGUCCGGAGUUGGAGUACUGCAAACUUUGAGUCAUCCUUUCAGUUUCUCUGACCUUCCCAGUACUACCUAAUCGAUCCGAAUAUUUGCGAAGUCUUCGUGCUGCGGACUGAAUCCCUUCCCGCCUUACUGCUUUUUGCCACGUCUGAGAGUACAGUUUACAUGCAGGAGCCUGCGACGGUUUGGCGAAAGCAAGUGCAGAGAGCAUAUGAACUUUGAUCACAAGUGUAAACCGUGUUAGAUGCUGGCGUUAUCUUUAAGUGUCAGGAAAACGCAAUGUGUAGACUCAUUUAAACUCAUUCUUCAUGGUGGAAAACUGACGUAUUGUAUUUUGUUCCCAAGCUUAUCUGAACCCAAUCUCCCCCACAGCACCCUUUUCUUCCAAAUUCCCCUUCUACAACAAUUUGUCAUCUAUCUUCAUUGACAGGUCUUUAGAGCCUGUGGGAGGACUGGACUGGGUUAUGUUACACCAAAUCCGUGAGUGAUCCGUACUGGUUUCGGUUUGAACAAACCUUGCUAAUCUCCGCUAGCACCGAUUAGCCGUUUCCGCAUGUUUAUAGUUUAUUGGAGUCCAAAGUGAUUAUCAGUAGCAGAACCCUUUUAGUAUGCAUAUUCGAAACAAGUAGACACUGCUGCAUAAAAAAGCCUCAAAUUCAUAUCUGAGUGUAACUGCUCAUAUUUUGUGAGAAGGCUAAUUCGAAAUUACAUUAAAAUUAACCUAUUUUGUCUUGUUCUCCGUUGUCCUUAAUUCACGAUUCGUUGACCAGUCACUGUAUAUGAGAAGGAAGGCGAUACAAGACGUUGUAUGAAGCCAGUGGGGAAUGUUAUAAGUUACGAAGAAAUUUACCAAAAUUUGCCUGCUUCUCCGAUUUUUAGAUUGUUUUGCAUAGAUACUUCUACUGCAGUUUUUUUAAAUCGGUGAGCUUUACAGUCAGUCCUAAUUUAUUCUUUGUGUCAUUAUAGGUAUGAAGGAUACGAGCGUCACUACAACAGUUCCUGGAAUUGA